AUGAGCAAAGAUGGCGUCUCCACAGACAAGAUUGCCAAGUGGUGUCGGCUGACUUCCGAUGACGUGGUCGCCGCCCUUGCCAAGAGGCGGCGCACGGAGGACACCCUAGAGGGCGUGACUGAUCGCCAGGCGGCGUCUCACACAGAGGCGGAGGAAGAGGGCAUGGAGUCCUUAGUGAGCCGCCUCCUCUCGGAUCCGGACGAUCUCCUCUGCCCCAUCUUGCACACUCUCAUGGAGCAGCCAGUUGUGGCGGAGGAUGGCUUCACCUACGAGAAGGAGGCGAUUGAGCACGCUUUGAAUCUGCGGCCGAAGAGCCCGAAGACAAAUGAGCCGAUGGGCGACAAGGUCAUUCCCAAUCAGGAGAAGGUUGCAGCUAUCCUCGACUUCAAACAGAAAACCAUCGACGAGAUUCUAUCCGUCGCCUCGCACAUCCCGAGUGAUUUGGCGCAGAAGCUCUUACAGCGAGCCGAGGACUUCAUCCGUCCCAAGCUUCCCGACGGGGCAUACCAGAGGAAGCUUGCAAAAGUGCUCCAGCUGAAAGCUGGUCUGCCCUCUGAGCAAGACGUUGCUGUUUCGCAGCUUCUCUGCCUGCUUGCCGACAACCCGCAGGCCAUGGACGUGAGGCAAUUCCUCGAGAAUUUCUAUACGUGGGAGGUGUGGCCAAUUCUGCGUAGCUGCAGGGUGCACCGGAAAGACGAUCUUGUAGAAGUUCUGCGGAAGGCUGCAUCCACGGCUCCGACUAUGGCUUGUGCCGAAGAUCUGGACAGAUUGCGUGCAUCCAGGCUGGCAGCCGGCGUGAAGGCUCAUGGGGGGGGGUUUCGACAGAAUCUGGCAUCGUUUUGGAAUGUGAACAAGUUGUGGCGUUUCGUGCUGCCACGGGCCUCUGGCUCUGUGGAUUCUGUGACGGAUCCUGGCAUGUGGCUAGAAGGGGCGGCCUUGGUGCUGGCAGGCUUACAUGUGUGGCUUCGAUUAAAAUCCCCGUUUUGCUUGCCAGACGUUCCCGAGAAGCUACUCGCUGAGAGCAUUUCUUGUUUGCGAACGCUUAGCCCAGAAGAUUUUGGAGCGCGGGUGUGUUUGUUUUUUGGCACAGAUGCCGAUGUCUGGAAUGAGAACUCGGACUUGACAGGCUGGACAGAGAACUAUUGUGACCAAGACUUUCUGGCGUCGCUGUUCCUGGAAUUGUCCAGGCGCCGUUCUGGCGACCGGGCAGCCCAAAAGGAAUUGCUUCUGCAAGCCCUAGAUGCGAGCCCUACGCAUGAUCUGGCGCGAGACAGUUUGCUCCAACUUUUUCUGGAAAGCCUGGACAUCGAGGGUUCGGUUGAGGAGGAGCAUGUUUUAAUUACCCUGCUCCUGGCAAAGCACGACCAGGUUCCGGAAGAGACUCUGUCUAAGCUCACCCUGGCACCAGAUCAGGUGAAGGAGCUUAAGCUGGCGCCGCCGACUCUCUUGGGGCUCGCGAACCAGCUUGCUGCAGCAGACAGGUCCGAGCAGGGAGCUCGUCUUGCGGUGCAUGCCGCAACUCAGUUCGAUGCGAUGGGAGACCAGGAGAAUGCGAUGCUUGCCUAUGGCAGGGCCUACAGCAUGGACCGACGCAACGAAGAUGCUUUGCACGGGAUGGUCGGCAGUUGCUCAAGAGUUAUGAAGAUGUGUUCCGAGCUGCAGGUGUGCAUUGAGAACCUGCAAGAGAAGGUACAAAUCUUGCAGAGGCAAAGACUGAGACUAGCGCUGCCGAGCAAGGUGUGGGACAUUCCACCGGAGGAUCUGCGACGUUGCGACACUAUGGUCAGCGGAGAUUAUGUUGAGAGUCCAAUGUUUCACAUUGGAGAUAGCCUCAGCGCAACCUUACGGUACUACCCACGCGGUAGCCAAGCGGGCCAGCGUGCAUUAGCCACAAUCGCUCUGUUGUGCGAUGAUUCCUGCGCAGUGUCCGGCAAAAUCCGGAUAGGCUCCCAAACAGUGGUUCUCCGAGCACGAGUGCCUUCCGACAGGAAGAGCUGGGACAUACCGGCCGCCGACUAUCGCCAGGUCCGUGUGUGGAUCAAGUCAGUGCGACGACAAGACAGUUCGCUGACGCACAAUUUCGUGAUGUGA